AAGUCUUCUAUGCAAGUCUUGGAGGGAAGGAAGACGAAGUUUCUCCUCUCUUUCUCACACUAUGUCUUGCUGAUUUACUUCUCUUAAAAAUCUUCGUCUCUUCUCUGAGUUCUCUCUAUCAUCUCCCAUGGCGGCUUCUUCUUCUUCUGGCAGACGGAGAUACGACGUUUUUCCAAGCUUCAGUGGGGUUGAUGUUCGCAAGACGUUCCUCAGCCAUCUAAUCGAGGCGCUCGACGGCAAAUCAAUCAAUACAUUCAUCGAUCAUGGAAUCGAGAGAAGCCGCACAAUCGCCCCUGAGCUUAUAUCGGCGAUUAGAGAAGCUAGGAUCUCAAUCGUCAUCUUCUCUAAGAACUAUGCUUCUUCAACGUGGUGCUUAAAUGAAUUGGUUGAGAUCCACAAGUGCUUUAAUGAUUUAGGUCAAAUGGUGAUUCCAGUUUUCUACGACGUUGAUCCUUCGGAAGUUAGAAAACAGACCGGCGAAUUUGGAAAGGUCUUUGAAAAGACAUGCGAGGUCAGCAAGGACAAACAACCAGGGGAUCAGAAACAAAGAUGGGUGCAAGCUCUCACAGAUAUAGCAAAUAUAGCCGGAGAGGAUCUUCUGAACGGGCCUAAUGAAGCGCAUAUGGUUGAAAAGAUAUCCAAUGAUGUUUCGAAUAAACUUAUCACUCGGUCAAAGUGUUUUGAUGACUUCGUCGGAAUUGAAGCUCAUAUUGAGGCAAUAAAAUCAGUAUUGUGCUUGGAAUCCAAGGAAGCUAGAAUGGUCGGGAUUUGGGGACAAUCAGGGAUUGGUAAGAGUACCAUAGGAAGAGCUCUUUUCAGUCAACUCUCUAUCCAAUUCCCCCUUCGCGCUUUCCUAACUUAUAAAAGCACCAGUGGUAGUGACGUCUCUGGCAUGAAGUUGAGUUGGGAAAAAGAACUUCUCUCUGAAAUCUUAGGUCAAAAGGACAUAAAGAUAGAGCAUUUUGGUGUGGUGGAGCAAAGGUUGAAGCACAAGAAAGUUCUUAUCCUUCUUGAUGAUGUGGAUAAUCUAGAGUUUCUUAAGACCUUGGUGGGAAAAGCUGAAUGGUUUGGAUCGGGAAGCAGAAUUAUUGUGAUCACUCAAGAUAGGCAAUUUCUCAAGGCUCAUGACAUUGACCUUGUAUAUGAGGUGAAGCUGCCAUCUCAAGGUCUUGCUCUUACGAUGUUAUGCCGAUCUGCUUUUGGGAAAGACUCUCCACCUGAUGAUUUUAAGGAACUAGCAUUUGAAGUUGCGAAGCUUGCCGGCCAUCUUCCUUUGGGUCUCAAUGUCCUGGGUUCGUCAUUAAGAAGAAGGGGCAAAAAAGAGUGGAUGGAGAUGAUGCCUAGGCUCCGAAAUGGUUUGAACGGAGAUAUUAUGAAAACAUUAAGAGUCAGCUACGAUAGAUUACAUCAAAAAGAUCAAGAUAUGUUCCUUUGCAUUGCGUGUUUAUUCAAUGGUUUUGAGGUCAGUUACGUCAAAGAUUUACUUGAAGAUAAUGUUGGGCUUACAAUGUUGUCUGAGAAGUCCCUCAUACGUAUUACACCGGAUGGACAUAUAGAGAUGCACAAUUUGCUAGAGAAAUUGGGUAGAGAAAUUGAUCGUGCAAAGUCCAAGGGUAAUCCUGGAAAACGUCAAUUUCUGACGAAUUUUGAGGAUAUUCAUGAAGUAGUGACCGAGAAAACUGGGACAGAAACUCUUCUUGGAAUACGUUUGCCAUUCGAGGAAUAUUUUUCGACAAGGCCGUUAUUAAUAGAUAAAGAAUCGUUCAAAGGCAUGCGUAAUCUCCAAUAUCUAAAAAUUGGUGAUUGGUCAGAUGGGGGUCAACCUCAGAGCCUCGUUUAUUUGCCCCUUAAACUCAGAUUGCUAGACUGGGAUGAUUGUCCAUUGAAGUCUUUGCCAUCUACUUUUAAGGCGGAAUAUCUAGUUAACCUCAUAAUGAAGUAUAGUAAGCUUGAGAAACUGUGGGAAGGAACUCUGCCCCUUGGAAGUCUCAAGAAGAUGAAUUUGUUGUGUUCCAAAAAUUUGAAAGAAAUUCCAGAUCUUUCUAAUGCCAGAAACCUCGAGGAAUUAGAUCUUGAAGGAUGCGAAUCUUUGGUGACACUUCCUUCCUCGAUUCAGAAUGCCAUUAAACUGAGGAAGUUACAUUGUUCGGGGGUGAUAUUAAUAGAUUUAAAAUCAUUAGAAGGCAUGUGUAAUCUCGAAUAUCUAUCAGUUGAUUGCUCACGUGUGGAAGGCACUCAGGGCAUCGUUUAUUUCCCUAGUAAACUCAGAUUGCUAUUGUGGAAUAAUUGUCCAUUGAAGCGUUUGCAUUCUAAUUUUAAGGUUGAGUAUCUGGUUAAACUCAGAAUGGAGAAUAGUGACCUUGAGAAGCUGUGGGAUGGAACUCAGCCACUUGGAAGACUCAAGCAGAUGUUUCUGCGUGGUUCCAAAUAUUUGAAAGAGAUUCCAGAUCUUUCUUUAGCCAUAAACCUCGAGGAAGUAGAUAUUUGUAAAUGCGAAUCCUUGGUGACAUUUCCUUCCUCGAUGCAGAAUGCCAUUAAACUUAUCUAUUUAGAUAUUAGUGAUUGCAAAAAGCUAGAGAGUUUUCCAACCGAUCUCAACUUGGAAUCUCUCGAGUACCUCAAUCUCACUGGAUGCCCGAAUUUGAGAAAUUUCCCAGCAAUCAAAAUGGGAUGUUCAGACGUUGACUUUCCGGAAGGGAGAAAUGAGAUCGUGGUAGAAGAUUGUUUCUGGAACAAGAAUCUCCCUGCUGGACUAGAUUAUCUCGACUGCCUUAUGAGAUGUAUGCCUUGUGAAUUUCGCCCAGAAUAUCUCGUUUUUCUCAAUGUGAGGUGCUACAAGCAUGAGAAGCUAUGGGAAGGCAUCCAGUCGCUUGGAAGUCUCGAAGAGAUGGAUCUGUCAGAAUCUGAAAACCUGACAGAAAUUCCAGAUCUUUCAAAGGCCACCAAUCUGAAGCAUUUAUAUCUCAACAACUGCAAAAGUUUGGUGACACUUCCUUCUACUAUUGGGAAUCUCCAAAAAUUGGUGAGGUUGGAAAUGAAAGAAUGCACAGGGCUGGAGGUUCUUCCAACCGAUGUCAACUUGUCAUCUCUCGAAACCCUCGAUCUCAGUGGUUGCUCAAGUUUGAGAACUUUUCCUCUGAUUUCAAAGAGUAUCAAAUGGCUCUAUCUGGAAAACACCGCCAUUGAAGAAAUUCUAGAUCUUUCAAAGGCCACCAAGCUCGAGUCUUUGAUACUCAACAACUGCAAAAGUUUGGUGACACUUCCUUCUACAAUUGGGAAUCUUCAAAAUUUGAGACGUUUGUACAUGAAAAGAUGCACAGGGCUGGAGGUUCUUCCAACCGAUGUCAACUUGUCAUCUCUGGGUAUCCUCGAUCUCAGUGGUUGCUCAAGUUUGAGAACUUUUCCUCUGAUUUCAACUAAUAUUGUAUGGCUCUAUCUGGAAAACACCGCCAUUGGAGAAGUUCCCUGCUGCAUUGAGGAUUUCACGAGGCUCCGUGUACUACUGAUGUAUUGUUGCCAGAGGUUGAAAAACAUCUCCCCAAACAUUUUCAGACUGAGAAGUCUAAUGUUCGCCGACUUUACAGACUGUAGAGGUGUCAUCAAGGCGUUGAGUGAUGCAACUGUGGUAGCGACAAUGGAAGAUAGCGUUUCUUGUGUACCAUUAUCUGAAAACAUUGAAUAUACAUGUGAACGUUUCUGGGGUGAGUUGUAUGGUGAUGGUGAUUGGGACUUAGGUACUGAAUAUUUUAGCUUCCGUAAUUGCUUCAAAUUGGAUAGAGAUGCGCGAGAGCUCAUCCUACGAUCAUGCUUCAAGCCUGUGGCCUUACCAGGUGGAGAAAUCCCUAAGUAUUUCACGUAUCGAGCUUAUGGAGAUUCCCUAACUGUCACUUUACCUCGGAGCUCUCUUUCUCAAUCCUUCUUGCGAUUUAAGGCUUGUCUCGUGGUUGACCCUCUCUCCGAGGGCAAGGGUUUUUAUCGAUAUUUGGAGGUAAACUUUGGCUUCAAUGGCAAACAGUAUCAGAAAUCAUUUUUGGAAGAUGAAGAACUGGAGUUUUGUAAGACGGAUCAUCUGUUUUUCUGUUCCUUCAAGUUCGAGUCUGAAAUGACUUUCAACGAUGUGGAGUUUAAGUUUUGUUGCUCCAAUAGGAUCAAAGAAUGCGGUGUACGACUCAUGUAUGUCUCUCAAGAAACAGAGUACAACCAACAGACUACGAGAAGCAAGAAGCGGAUGCGGAUGACAUCGGGAACAUCUGAAGAAUAUAUCAACUUAGCCGGUGACCAAAUUGUAGCAGACACAGGAUUGGCCGCUCUAAAUAUGGAGCUUUCGUUAGGGGAGGGAGAAGCAUCAUCAUCAACAUCUCUAGAGGGGGAAGCUUUGUCUGUUGAUUAUAUGAUAACUAAAGAACAAGAUGAAGACAUUCCUUUCUUGGAUCCUGUUUCUGAUGGUACAUGGAGAUCAUUUUAUUCUGCAGAAUGAUAUUUGGAGAACCAAAUUCCGUUUAAUCAUCCAACUCCGGAGCCUGAAAGUGUUUGUAAUUUCUUCUUUAUCUGAAUGCAGAAACACUCUGUUUGCUUUGAACAUUUUGUCUGCCUUUUCUUUGAAACAUAGAUCUCAAUGUGUAUAUUAGCACAGGUUGUUUUUCUCUUUAUUAGCAAUGAAUAGAGAAAUCAGACUUUGCGUAAACAAAAAUGUAUAUCGCAAAUUCACAAAAGAAUUGACAACAAGAGUGUGUUGGAACUAAUUUUAAAUAGCAAGAUCCUUGUCAUCAACAACAUUUGCAUUGCUGAUUCAAUAGCCAAAAGGCAGAAGCGUUUUUGGCCUAACUUUGGCCAAAGAUGUGACCAGCAUAAGGAACAAUCCAUCAGCUGAAGGAAAGAGCUUUUAAACUUUCUGCAGGAGACAUUGUCUGGUCCACUUCCAAACCAUGAAGUAUCAUCCAGCUAUCCUACGUCGAUGAGAAAACAUGUCGCUGCUGUUCCCCCAUCCCGCUGCACUCUUUAAUUAUAUGAUAAAGAGUGAAAGUUGUAGGCCUGAACUACUCACUAGAACAUCUAGGAUAGGAAGCUCAUUCUCUGGGGCUGUUCUUGACUGAAUUGGUUUGCUUCAGAUCUUUGCAUCGAGGGCCUAAGAUGAUAGACGUUUGGUCUGAUGGGGACGACACCUUUCACUGCUGACCCUGAUCAGUUAAGAUCUGCCUUGACUGAAUUCACACCAUCACAUUGUUAAGAUUCCUUUCCUGGAUCCUUAGCCGUC